AUGGCCCGCCUGGAGGGCGAGGACCUAGCGCGUCCAGCCAUGGUCGACGACUCCUCAGUCAGCGUCACCUCCGGCCACGUCGCUGCUGCGCCACAGCCCCUCACCGCAAGCAUGCUGGAGGUCAGACGGUUCGCGCCGGCCAUCUUAGCGUGCUCAGCCAGGCGCUUCCCGGUCGCCAUCGCGGCGGCCCACCUCGGCGUAGGCUUCGACCCGCCAGGGGAGGCUGUGCGCGCAUUUCACCUGAGCCGCCAGGGCAGGGGCGACGCGACCGAGCCCGACCGCGCGGAGGCCGAGGAGGCGGCGAGGGCGGCAGGGGAAAAGAGCUGGGACCAGGUCAUGACCGAGGCCACCACCGCCGCCGAUAGGCUCUGGAUCGCGGUGGACGCGCGGGCGCUGCAGGCCGCAGCGGGCAGCUUGCGUGCGGAGAUCCGCUACGUGCCGGACAAGACGGGUGCCGCCAUGCCGAGAAGGCGGCCCGCGAGCUCGCGCGCGGCCCGACUUGGGCGGAGUCCCCGCCGGCGGCCAUGCACUGGGCUGCUCGCGGGCCUGGACAUCGAGGCGGGUGUGGUGGUCGCCGAGAACUUGGCGCGGGAGGUCCACGCCGCGGCGACAAGACCGCCAGUGGCGGACAGAUGCAGCACGCUGUCCACGGACCAACGUGAUUGUUUCGCUGCGAUCGCAGACCUGUCGGCGGCGUGCCCGCGGCGCCGUGUCGCGACCGCGCGGUGCGUCUGCAGGAACACCGCGUGUGAACGUGCGUACGGCGACGCGUUCAGCCAAGCCGUGCAGACGCGCUUCGUGGGCCGCCACGACGAGGAGGUGCCCGCGGAGUCCGACGAGGAGCAGGACGAGCCAGAGUUCGAGACGUGCUGCUUCGGGCGGUGCCGGUACAGGCUGAUCAAGACCAAGGGCGGCCGCCUUGGGCAGCUGCUCAAGUGGGACGUGAAGGCAUUCGUGCUCUCCAACGUUGCCCUCGUCGCACUCGCCAUCUGGACGUCUCGUCUGGACCCCGACUUCGCGCAGCGGGGCGCGGCGGAGUGGCUGCACCACUCCCCGCAGUUCAAGCAGGACCUCUUCUGGUGCAAGGUCCUGUAUGGCCUGCUCUCCCUGCCGUUCCUGCCCUUCAGCAUCUCCUUUCUCUGCAAGGUCCUCACGCAUUGUGAGUGGACUGGCUUCAACGAGAAGGGCGCCUGCGUGGCCUUCGAGGUCGAGCCCCGGCCAUACUACUCGCGGCGCACCCGUUCAACGCCAUCUUGGCGGCAUCGCCUCCGCAAGGCCGUGGGCCGGUGCGGCCGGAGCCGGGCGCCCGUGCCGGAAGGCCGCAGUGAUCGGAAGCUUGGGGAGAUGGCUGCGGGCGGCGGCCAAGCAGCCCGUGCGGCUGCUGAGCCGCCAUGCGCUGGGGGCUCCCUCUGGCCCGCGAGGCGCUCCAGGCAGGCGGCGGCUCGCGCUGCCUGCGCUGGGCGGCUGCAGGCGGCCCUGGCGCGGGUGACCGUCCUCGAGGCGGAGUGCGCGCGGCUCCAGGCGGAGCUGGGCCACGCGCUGGACGCUAGCCAGGCGGUGGCCACGGCUGCGGCGCGCGCAGCCGCGCAGGAGGCCCGCGGCUCCGCUCCCCUGCGGCGGAUGCUGUCCAUGACGGACUCCGCGGACCUGGACGGCAAGAGGGACCCGCUGCUCCGCGCUGCGGCCCCCGAGGUCGUCGCAAGGCUGGCGCUGGUCGCGCCCGUCAUGGCGGCGGACCUCCUCAACGAGCCUGCAGCCACCCUGGACGUCGGGCGUCGGAACGUGGUCAGGCACGGCGGGGUCGGCAUGGGGGGCAGCCUCGUCACGGUCGCAGCGCUGGUGUUCGAGGCCGUGGAGAUCUUCCUCCUCUUCGCCCUGCUGGUGCUGGGCCUCCGGUGCGGCUGCGGCCGCCUCGCGGGGCUUCCGCCCGCGGCUCGCUCGGCCGCCGAGGGCGUGUCGGAUUCCUGGGAGGUCGCCUGCCGCCGCGGGCGCAGCCUCCCAGCCGGGGACCUCGAGCAUGCGGAGCAGGGCUCGGCCAGGCAGCUUGCCUGCCACGAGUUCGGAGGCGGCCUGAAGGAGCUGGACGGCUUCAACCACUCCGCGGCGGGCGCGAGCGCGGCCUCGAGCGCGCCCCCUUCGGCUUGUGACGCGGACUUCGUGGUGGCGGAGGGCCCCGAGGCUCUCACCGUCGGCGCUGCGGCUGACGACGUCGACGACGGGCAGGGAGACGCCUCCGUGGUGUUCAUCUCUGCCGACGGGCUCGAGGAAGGGCCCGAGGAGGAGGUCGUGGAGGAGGUGCACGGUGACGUGCUGGAGCUGGUGGUGGGGGACGCCGCGGCCCUCGCGCCCGCUCCCCAGCUUGGUGCGGCGGUUCGUGCUCGCCUUCGCCUCGAUCGACUCCGACUUCAGGUCGUCAAGGGUGCCGCGGUGCCCAUCGACGACCGCGACCUCCGCAGACCUGGCUGGCAGGCCGCCGAUGCCGCAGCUGGGGUGGAGGUGCCCCCGACGCCUGCCCAGCAGCGCGAGGGGCUCCGCUGGGUGAGACGGCUUCUCGCUGAUCCUGGGGCCUGGCACGGAGGCGCGGUCUGGGAGCCUGAGUCCAUCGAAGAGGCGGCCAGACGCAUCGACGGCGAGGGCUCGCGCCGUCUCGGCUCCAGCCUGUGCGUGAGCAAGGGGAUUGACACUUCGCAGGUCGUGUCGAGCGCGCUCUUCACCGCUGCCAGCGCUAUCGCGGGCCGCCUUGCAACUAGGGAGCCUGCCCACCACGACAGUGGCGGCGUGUGCGGGCAGACAUCGGCCAGCUGGACAGGCUGGUUGCGUCUGCGGCGCAGGGUGGACAAGGCCGAGGGGGGCGCGGAGCGCAGGCCCAACUGGGCCGUCACCCUAGACCACGGGUCCUAUGGAGCCACGAGGGCCGGGAGCCUCACGGGCACGACUGGGGAGACAGAGGGGUUCGUGGAGCGGGCGGCGCCGUUGGGCACCGCGUCGCAGUGGUGCUCGCUGCGGCUCAUGCCGUCGCAGAGCUCAUCGCUGCAGUACUUGUCCAGGCCCAUGGAGAAAGGCGGGCCCGGAGCGUCACGGGCGGGGCAGCCCGCGCCUGCAGGGGCAGGAAGCACGGGCCCCACAGGCCGCCCAGCGAUGCCGUCCCUGGCCGUCGCGGCCGUGCUCCUGCACCUCCUGCUGCCUCUGCUCGGGGCCGCGCCAGCGGACCUCUGCGCGUGCCUCAACUGGAAGCAGGUUUACAUGAACGACCUGGCCAAGUGCGGAGAGGGCCUGGAGCUGUACCCUGGCCGGCACUUCGCGGGCUACCCGGAGCCUGCUGGCUUCCGGAGGCGAGAGCUCGCCUGGGCGCACGUGCUCGUUGGCGACGAGUACCAGCGGUGUGACCUCUUCUUCAAGAGGCUUGACCGCAACUUCUGCGUCAACGUGGGCCCCUUCGAGCGAGGAGUGCAGGAGUGGUUCGGCGGCACCUGGUGCUACGUUGGCCCCGGCUGCGCGGAGCUCAACGGCGGCACUCGGCUGGCGGAGCUCUCUGGCGGGUGGCAGGACUGGCUGAUGGGCUUCAUCAACGAUGCCGCCGUCUCCACUGUCAGCAACCUGAGCUGGAAGUUGUGCACUCCUGGGGAGGACGCCCGCUUGCAAGACGUGGAGCCCGCGAGCUUCCUGCGUCUCGCCGCCGGCCUCUCGCUGAACCUGGGCUACGGCCUGAAGCUCGCGUACCCGUCCGUGUGGAACUACCUCUGGUCGGACCUCGCGGCCGCGGCGCAGAACGACGGCGACCCGCACGCGUGGUCCAGCGUGCCCGACGCCGUCCGCGGCGCGGUCGCUCGCAGGGAACCCGUCGUGCUGGACUCGCAGGCGGGCGGCGGGGGCGACCUGCACCUGCUCCACGGCCGGGACACAUGGCACCUGCGGUUCGACUGCCAGCAGUGCCCGAGCACUUGCUUCUGCUGGUCGCGCGGCACCCUGGAUGUGCCCGAGCUCGGCGGCGGCGGCCCCAUCGAGGGCCCGAAGAGCGGCAGCGGGCACAUUCUGAGGGCGUCUGCGUGA